ACAGUUCGUGUUGCUGGGCCGUCCUCCCACAGUAACGAUGGUGGGCAUGAGCGCUCUCAGGUCUGUUGCUGCUUUCGCAGCCAGACUGAGUCCUCUGAAAUCUGGAAAUACUGCGGCUAAUUUACUCACUCGAGCAAUCCCCCGCACAGAUAAAGUUGCGGUCCGUUGGGGUCAUGGAAAGAGACUGUUUGUCAUCAAACCCUCUGACUACUAUGACAGGAGAUUUCUGCGCCUGUUGCAAUUUUACAUCUUGCUGACUGGUGUUCCAGUGGCUAUCGUCGUCACGGGGGUGAAUAUCUUCAUCGGUGAGGCAGAGCUGGCUGAAGUUCCUGAAGGCUACGAGCCCGAGCACUGGGAGUACUACAAGCACCCCAUCACCAGGUGGAUCACCAGGAACAUCUACGACUCCCCAGUGAAGGACUACGAAAAGAUGAUGGCUGCAGUCCAGAUUGAAAAGGAAAAAGCAGACAUGAGACUGACGCAGCUGGAGGUGCGUCGCCAUAUGAGGCAGCAAGGAGACGGCCCCUGGUUUCAAGUGCCGACCCUUAACAAGGAGCUCGUUGACAACAGCCCCAAGUCAUCGCCUGACCAUUAAUCCAGAUGUUUCUGUCAUCUGUACAUCAAUCUCACUGUUUGUACAUUUCUUCCCUCAUUGCGUGAAUAAAGUAUCUAUCGAACUCUGA